AUGUCCCGCGAAGGCUACACCGUCCCGACCGGCUCCCCAGGCGGUAGCUUCGGCGGCGCUGCCCUGGCGGCCAAGCCCAGCGCCUUCAACCCGGAAUUCCGCGACGACAACGUCCAGAUGAAGUACCUGUGCGGCGACUGCGGCUCCUCGACCCACCUCAAGAAGGCCGACCCCAUCCGGUGUAAGGACUGCGGGUGUCGUGUGCUCUACAAGGAGCGGACAAAGAGAAUGAUCCAAUUCGAAGCCCGAUAG